AUGGCGGGUUCCGAGCUUUCCACUCCUGAAUUAUAUGCAUUGAGAUUAGUUGAUCCUAAUAUAACGUUUAAAACAAAAUUAUCAAUUGCUAUUAAUCUCAGAGAUUCUGUCGAAGUCUAUCAAAAUGCAGAUUAUAACCGUUUUCUUCAAGCUUUGAUGCCCGUGUUAACGAAAAUGCUAACGGAGGAACAACCCGUUUUCGAUAGCAAUUCCGAAGAGCAGAAAUUGCGAAAUCUAUAUUUAGAAAUAUUACAUCGGUUGCCUCAAAACGAUUCGCUUCUACCAUAUGCCUCAAACCUUCUGAAAACACUAAUGGAACUGUUGAAGAAAGAAAAUGAAGAUAAUGCGGUUAUCUGCUUAAAAAUUAUUAUCGAUUUGCACCGGAGUUAUAAACAUCAGUUAGUAGACUUAGUCAAGCCUUUUUUAGACAUUGUCCAAGAAAUGUACAAGAAUAUGGAGCAAACAGUAAAGGAUUCCUUUGAUUCACCAGGAAUUGUUGCCACACCAAACGUUGGCACUCCAGUUCAACCAAUAGUACUUGUUCCUCCUUCUUCACGUCCAUCGUCGCCUGUUUCAGACGUUACAGCAAAUGAAACUACUCCCAAUAAAGUUUUGGCUGGAAGCUUACACAGCUUUAAAGUCUUGACCGAAUGUCCUAUAAUUGUAGUCUUACUUUUUCAGUCGCACAGACACUUUGUUAAUGACAAUAUUGGAAAUUUCGUUCCACUCAUUAUUAAAACAUUGGGACUACAGGCUCGUCCCCAAGCUGAAGCACAAGAAGCAGCUAGGGCUAGAGGUGAAAUAUUUGUUGGUGUUGCACCAGGAAUUAGAGAUCGCGCGAAAUAUACAGAAUUCAUUAUAGCUCAAGUUAAAACCAUGUCUUUUUUGGCGUACGUUCUUCGUGCAUAUACUAAUGCAUUACAAGAAUACCAAAGUAUGAUACCUGAUUUUGUCAUACGAUUACUUCAAGAUUGUCCACCUGAGGCCUCAGCAACCAGAAAGGAAUUGCUGGUCGCGACUCGACAUAUUCUCUCAACCGAUUUUCGCUCCGCUUUUGUAAGCAAAAUUGAUAUUCUUCUUAAUGAGAAAGUUCUAAUUGGUAGUGGGGUUACAUCUCAUGAUACUCUUCGGCCUUUAGCAUAUAGUAUGUUGGCAGACCUAGUCCAUCAUGUACGGAAUGAACUUUCUCCAGCGCAACUUUCAAGAACCGUAUAUAUUUAUUCGCGUAAUUUGCAUGAUCCAACCUUGGCUGCUAGUAUUCAAACUAUGUGCUCUAAACUUUUGCUAAAUUUAACUGAAUGUAUUGUGAAGAUUCCUAAGAAAGAUGGCAAAGAUGAAGCAAGAGAUUUGCUAAUCAAAGUUUUGGAUACUUUUGCUAAUAAAUUUGUAACCCUGAACUUGGUAUUUGCUGAUAUUCAGCGACAACAACGAAGGAAAAAAGCUGCUGCUAGUGAUUCAAAUAUAAUAGAAAAAAUUGAUGACUUUGAUUUUGAACAAGCACGUCCUAUUAAUACGUCUACACCUGGUGAACUUCAACAUGAUGCUAUAAAUGACGGAAGAUUUCUGUUCAGAAAUCUAGUUACUGGUCUUAAACCAAUCAUCCAAUGGUUAAAAGAGUGCAAUCCACCACUUCCAAACAAUUCCAAGACCCCUGUUCAACAACCCAAUUCAGUUGCUCGUGGAUUUACUCAAGAACAAGUAGAUAUUUUUAUUGGUUUGUUUAGAGAGGGUGUACGUUGCUUUGAUUAUUUCAACAUAGACAAUGUGGAUACGAAUCAGGUCAAAUAUUCUGAUAAGUUAACUCCUAUAGAGAUCCCAAGUAGGAUUGGUCCAUAUUCGAAGGUGGAAAAGGAAGCACUUGAACAUUUCAGUUCUGCUUUUGUAAUGGUCGAUCCUGCUAUAUUUCAGGAGAUUUUUGCUUCACAAAUGAAUUUUUUUUUCGAUCAAAUGCUACAAAAUACUUCCCUUCUUCAAAUACCUCAGUAUUUUUUAGCACAUAACGACGUAAUUUCUCAAAGCUUUGCAGGAAUUUUAUUGAGAUUCCUUGUAGAUAGAUUAGACAAACUUGGGGGUCCUGAUCCUUUAUAUUCACAAGUAAUGCUUCGGUUGUUUAAACUAGCAUUCAUGGCUGUGACAUUAUUUCCAAAUCAUAAUGAAAGCGUGCUUCAUCCACAUCUUGCAAACAUAAUAACGUCUUCCAUGAAACUUUCUGCCAAGGCUAAGGAACCGAUUAACUAUUUCUUACUUCUUAGAGCACUUUUUAGAAGCAUUGGUGGUGGUAGAUUUGAAACAUUGUAUAAAGAAGUCUUUCCAUUGCUACAAGUGCUUCUGGAAGGGCUCAACUCAUUAUUAUCACUAAUACAUAAACAACGCAUGCGAGAUUUAUUUGUUGAGCUCUGUCUCACUGUACCUGUGAGGCUUAGCGUACUUCUACCUUUUCUUAGUUACUUAAUGAAGCCUCUUGUCUUGGCUUUACAGGCAGGCCCAGAAUUAGUUACACAAGGCCUUCGGACCUUGGAACUCUGCAUUGAUAAUCUAACACCUGAAUUUUUGGAUCCUAUCAUGGCUCCGGUCAUUAAUGAUCUUAUGAAUGCACUCUGGAAACAUCUAAAACCAACGCCAUAUAAUAAUACUCAUAGUCAUGUAGCUAUGAGGAUUUUAGGUAAAUUAGGAGGAAGAAAUCGACGUAUGCUUAAAGAUCCUGCGCAACUUAAUUAUUAUGCACCACCAUUGACCGGAAUUGAUUUACAGAUUUAUUUUGAGCCGCAUACAAAUCCACAUAAUUUACCAUUAGACGAAGGCUUAUCACUUGCUGCAAGGGUGCUACAAGAUCCUAAUACUACUUUCUUUUAUAGAAAAAAUGCGUAUAAAUUUCUAGUAGCUACUAUUCCCUUGUUUAUUAAUUUGGACGAAGGACCAGAAAAUCUGGCUAUCUCAAUAACAGCAAGAGUUCAACAACAAUUACUGCAAAAUAAUGAAGGGGAUGAUAUGGAAAUAAUCCCAUUAAGCACGGAAAAUACACAUGGUGAUAUUCCAAUCGUAACAGAUGAAUUUCGUGAACUUUCAAUAAACAAUAUGCCGAGUAAAGAAGGGCACAAACAAAUAUUGAAAAGAAAGGUUGUACAGGAGGAAACGCUGCAAAAUGUGAUAUAUUCUCUUUUUGUAGCGUCGUCAUUACAAGAUCUCAAAGAUCAAGCAUGGCCAUUUCUUGAAAAUAUUUGCCGACAUUUUGCAUUAUUAGAAGUUAGUGAAGCCCUAAAUUAUCGUUAUGCAAGAGAAAAAAGGUUUGAUUUUAAUAACGACGAAAAGCAAUAUAGUUUGGAGACCAAAGUAAUGGUAGAAGCUUUGGUAGAGGUCAUAACGUCAGAGAACACCAAUCUUAGUAAGCUUGCUGAAACUGCUUUGACUUUAAUAUAUGAAACAUGUGUCAUUAUUACUGGAUCUAAGGAUGCACUUAUUCGCUUUCCAUUAUUUCAUGUAUUGGCAUCUCGUUUUUGCUCUUGUUGCUAUAAACAAGAAUGGUUUCGCAAGGAUGGAGGCUGCACGGGGAUCUCGAUUCUCAGUUCUAAACUUGACAUGGGUACGCAAUGGAUGUUAGAACAUGAAGUGGAAUUUGUCAAAUCUUUGCUUUUCAUUUUAAAAGAUAUGUCUCCAGACUUUGCAGCUGGUUAUGUUGAGAAUGCUUCUCAGACACUCCUACACGUUUUAACAAUUUGCAAUCAACAAGAACAAUCAGAAAGCCAUAGUGAAGAUGUUGAAAUGAUAGAUUCAAAGGACGAGAGACAAACAAAGUUUGACAAGCUCAUUACUUUACUAACUUCAGAGUUGUCUAAUGCAAAUUCUGCAGUAAGAGAAACAGUACAACAAUCACUUAAAAUAAUUGCCGAACUGAAACAAUGUAAUGUUACUGACUUGCUUUCUACCGCACGAGACACAUUGCUUAGUCCCAUUUUCGGUAAACCGUUUCGAGCCCAUCCCGCCCCAAUGCAAAUCGGGCACAUUGAUGCAAUUACAUAUUGUUUGCAAUUACAGCCUCCUUUAUUAGAUUUUAGUAAUUAUGAAGAGCUUGUUAGGCUUUUGAAUGAAGCUUUGACGCUUGUAGAUACCGAUGAUCAAGUUUUGGCUAGUCGUUCAACACAGUAUAAAACUUCUACAGCUGGGAUUAAUCUUAGAAUAGUUUGCAUUAAGUUAUUAUCCGCGUCUAUGAUGCGUUCAGAUUCCUUUCCACCAAAUUCUGCAGUUGCUACUCGGACUCGUAUAAUUGGUGUUUUUUUCAAAUCAUUAUACUCAAAAGCACCAGAGGUAGUAGAUGUCGCGAACAAAGGGCUUCAACAAGUUCUUCAACAACAACACAAACUUCCUAAAGAUCUUUUACAAGCUGGUUUGAGACCGAUCUUAGUCAACCUGUCAGAUCAUAAAAAGCUAACUGUAGCGGGACUUGAAGGUUUAGCUAGACUUCUUGAAUUGCUCACAAAUUAUUUUAAGGUUGAAAUUGGAAGAAAAUUACUCGACCAUCUUCGCCAAUGGGCUGAACCGACAGUUCUACAAGAAUCUGCUGGCAAGCCACUUAUCGAAAUAGAAUCUAUUAAAAUUAUAGUCGCAAUCUUGAAUGUUUUUCAUCUUUUACCUCCAGCCGCCUUCGUCUUUUUGGACGAUCUAGUUACUAUUGUAUUAGAGCUGGAGGAACAGCUGCGUCGAUCCAUGUCCAGUCCUUUUCGUUUUCCUCUUAUCAAAUUUUUGAACCGUUAUUCGUCUAAUGCUAUUGAAUAUUUUUACAAUAAAGUUGGCAAUGAUAAAUUUAUUCGAUUAUUUAUUAAUAUCUUGGGGAAUGACCAAGCUACUCAACUCAGAGAAGACAUUAUGAAAAAUCCAUUACAACUAAUUGAUAAAACUUCCAACAUUCAGGACUUGGAUAAUGCAGAUGAAGUGAAAUUUCAGAGAAUUGUUAUUAUUCUAGAGAUUGUAAAAUUCCGUCCUAGCUGGUUGGUUGAGCCUUCUUCCGAACCUAUUCUUAAAUCCAUCAAGGAAGCAUGGAAUGAUCCGGGGCGUCUGGAAAGAUUGAAACGAGAAGAUACUUUAAACUUGUCUCAAUGCCGUGAAUCCAAACACCUUGUUGAGAUCUUCAUCUAUUAUCUAAAAGAAAAUCCAGAUGAUAUUGAUUUGUUGUUCGAAUUAGUAACUAUAUUUUCUUAUGAAAGUGUAAUUGAUUAUACAUUCCUAAAGAAAUUUUAUCAGGAAGAAGUAGCAAUGAAAUAUAAUGUGAUACAAAAAAGAAAAAUCCUUGACAAGUUUUUGAAUAGUUUCCUUGAUCCUUCAAUUCCUGCUAAUAUUAAGAUGCAAUCUUUGAAAGUUAUUAUUACUCCAAUGCUUUUGUUUGCAUUUGCCAAAGGACAAGAAUAUGAGCAAAUUAUUGGAACUAUUCAAAUGGAUAAAAUUCAGCAUAUUUGGCGUUAUCUAACCGAAACUCAUGAUGAAAUUGAAGAUUCAUUACGUAUUGAGGUUCUACAAUUUUCAACGCUUCUUGUGCAACGCGUGCCACAUCUUAUUAGUGCACGAAGCGACCUCGCAAAAAUUGGUUGGAAUUGGUCCAGGGCUGAUGAUAUAACUGCUAAACAAACUGCAUUUGUCUUUUUGGCCCAAAUUUUUGCGGAAUUUGACUCGGUUAAUUCAAAAAUUUUAUUCCAAUCUUAUUUUGCACUUUUAAGAGCGCAUCAACUAGAAGCAAGAACAUUAGUAAAACAAGCUUUAGAUAUUCUUGCACCUGUGAUUCCAAAAUUAAAAACUCAUCAUCCACUUCCGUCUAAAGAAUCUUUUGAUGAAUCCAAGAAAGAUUCAAAAAAUAAAAAAGCUCCAACUCCAACUUGGAUUCAAUACGCGAAAAAAGUUUUACUAGAGGACGGUCACAGUGUUUCUCAAUUAGUUAAUGUAUACCAAUUGCUAGUGCGCCACCCUGAUUUGUUUUAUGAACACAGAGAGCAUUUUAUGUCACAAAUUGCAAAUACCUUAACAAGAUUAGGAUUACUUCAAAGUGCUACUGCUGAGACGCGACUUCUAACCAUAGAUCUAUCCGAAUUAAUAUUAAAAUGGGAAAAGCGUAGAAUUUCUGAAAAUCGCAUAACGGAACAAUCAAGUGCAGCGUCAACUCCUGCUAUGACACCGGACAAGCGUCGCAUUGACUCAGAAUCCGAGCAUUCUUCACGUAAACGGAUGUUGAUUGAACAUGGUGGCGAAUAUAGGAGUGUAAUUGCAGAACAAAACCAAAAGUAUACCCCAAACAUAAAUCUGCGAGAAAGUAUUGUUGGAUACCUCACUCGAUUUGUGUGUACAUCCACCGAAUCUGUUAGCAAAACUGGAUUGGCUCGUCGUGCUUUAGAAUUAAUAAAAGAAUUUUUACUUCCUGACUUUUGGCCCGAGGUCAACGUGAAACUUUCUACCCUUGAUAGAACACUCAAAUAUACAGAAGUCAACCAAAAUAUACUUAAUAGUGUUUGCAAUAGUCUAGAAGUUUUAAAUGUAAUACUUGAAAGAAAACCAGCCGAUUGGUGCCUUGUAAAUAUUGUACAUCUUCAACAAUUAUUAGAACAUAGCAUCGGAAGCACGCAAAUAAGGAUUCAAGAAUGUCUUCAUCCAGUACUUGUUCAUAUAUAUAAAUCUUUGGCUCCUCCACCAUUUGAUGAAACUACUACUCCCUUAAAUCCAGAACAGCCAUCUUCACCUGAUUCUGAAGUUGAAAAUUUUAUUAAAAUUAUCCACACUACAAUUCAAGAAGCUCUUCAAAACAUGAAUAACUUAUAUACUGCAAUGAUGUUAUUAAAAUCUGUGGGCUGUAAUACUCCAAAAAACAUUGAUCCUUUUCUAUCAGGAAUAAUUCAAGUUAUACAAAAACUUAUAAAAGAUUUACAACAAAAUGUUUCCAAUAAUUUAAAUGGCGCGCAGGCACCUGACUCUCCGAUUAGCAUUCUUAUAAUGGCGUUACAACUUGUAAAUUCACGAGUUUCAGAGUUGACUGAUCAAAGACCAAUUUUCCUUGCAGCACUUUCCCAACUAACAGAAAAAACCGAAAAAAUUAAUAAUUAUGAGCUUUCUCGAACAAUUUUUGAAAUGGUUAAAGAAUGGGUUGUCAGUAAAUUGGAACCUUUUCCCACUCUGGAGGAAAAAUCAGACUUACUCGUCAAAAUGUUAUGUUUUGAAUCUUUAGAUGAUAAGACUUUGAUUGAAGAUUUUUUGAAUCUUGUUAUCUCUAUAUAUAGUGAUCCUUCUUUUACUAGAACUGAGAUGACAGUGAAGUUAGAAAAAGCAUUUUUAAUUGGCACUCGUUAUAAUAAUCCUAAAAUUAGAAAUCGUUUUAUGGAAAUAUUUGACCAUAGUAUGGCUCGAUUAUUGUCAACGCGUCUUUCAUAUAUAGUAUCAGACCAAAAUUGGGAGUUUUUAGCAAACUAUUUUUGGCUUCAUCAAGCUUUGGAUGUUCUUUUGGGUUCUGUUUCGUCUAAGAAAAGAAUUCAGCCACCAACAUACAGUUUGCAAACAAAAUCUAUUACAACCUUUGGAGAGUGUUCGAAUUUAUCAUCAUUGACUCCUAGUAAAGAACUUGAAGACUUUUUAAUGAAACAUCGAGAAUUUUUGCGUGAUCUGAAAAAAUUACGUAUCAGUGAUAUAUUACCACAUUUGAAACAAUUACAUUAUUUAGAUGAUAAUUUAGCAUAUAAACUAUGGGUAGGCCUUUUUCCCUUUUGCUGGGCCAUUGUUCCUUCUAAGGAACGACAGGACUUGUCUAAUAACUUGAUAGCGCUAUUGUCAAAAGAAUAUCACGCGAUACAAUCAGAAUUAAGACCGAAUUGCAUACAAGCGUUAUUGGAAAGCAUAUCACGUUGUUCGCCCACCAUUAGACUGCCACCACACUUAGUAAAAUACCUUGGAAAGUCUCAUGGCGCCUGGCAUACAGCUAUGGAGAUUCUCCAGACCACUUUUGAAGGCAUCAAAGAAGACGAUAAGUUUAAAGAAAGCACUUUAGAUGCGUUAUCUGAUUUGUAUUCAACUCUAUCAGAGGAUGAUAUGUUCUACGGCGUGUGGAAACGACGAUGUAAAUUUCCAGAUACAAAUACCGCAAUAUCAUAUGAACAAUGUGGAAACUGGACACAAGCGUUACUUGCAUACGAGAACGCGCAAACAAAAUCGCGAGCAUCGGGUUCUCCGUGUACUGAGUCAGAAUAUUUGCUGUGGGAAGAUCAUUGGGUCAUAUGCUCUCAAAAGUUGCAACAGUGGGACAUUCUUAUUGACUUUGCCAAAAACGAGAAUAAUAUAGACUUAAUGUUUGAGAGUGCUUUCCGUUCAAUAGAUUUGGCUACUGAAAAAGAGUUUUUCGAACAAAAUGUUCAAGCAUUUUCAGAGUCACAUCCGAAUCCAAGACGAAAAAUGUUUGAGGCAUUCAUGAAUUUAAUGAAAUCUCAACAAUCAAACAACUAUGAUGAUUUUAAAAAAAUCUCUGAAGAAGCUCAUCAAUCAGCUUUACGAAAAUGGCAUACGCUUCCAAACGUAGUUUCACAGAGCCACAUCCCUUUACUUCAUUCAUUCCAACUUUUAGUUGAAUUUGACGAUGCUACAAGAAUGUUUUCAUCCUUAGCUGAUAUUAACCACCAAAAUGCUGAUACUAAAGCUAGUGAAUUAAAGAGUGUAUUGCAAAGCUGGCGAGAACGAUUACCAAAUAUGUGGGACGAUAUAAAUGUGUGGAGCGAUAUUGUUGCUUGGAGACGUCAUGUUUUUAAUGUAAUAAAUAAAUCAUUUGCACAAUUUCAAGCCCAGAACACAACUAAUACCAUGGCAAAUACCAAUUACCCAUUCCGCGGGCAUCACGAAACAGCGUGGACCAUCAAUAGAUUCGCACACGUCGCGAGAAAGCAUCAACUUUCUGAAGUGUGCAUCAACUUUUUACAACUAAUUUAUAAUUUACCGAACAUUGAAAUACAAGAAGCCUUUUUGAAGUUAACAGAGCAAACUAAAUGUCAUUAUCAAAACCCGAACGAUGUGGCUAAUGCUCUAGAUGUUAUAAACAAUACUAAUCUUAAUUAUUUUGGGUCUCAACAAAAGGCUGAAUUUCAUACUUUACGUGGAAUGAUACAAGCCAAAUUGGGUAGAGACCCUGAAGCUAAUGAUAGCUUUUCACGAGCUGUGCAAGUGGAUAUGCGCCUUCCUAAAGCAUGGGCAGCAUGGGGACAUUAUUAUGAUAACAAAUUCAAAGCAAAUCCCGACGAAACUACCUUCGCUGCUAAUGCUUUGAGUUGUUAUUUACAGGCAGCCGGCCUUUAUAAUAAUCCUAAAUCUAGAAAACUUCUCGUUCGCAUUUUAUGGCUUUUGUCUGUUGAUGAUGAUAAAGGACAUAUUUCUCGAGUAUUUGAGACAUAUAAUAGUAAGAGUGAAGUUCCAGUAUGGUACUGGAUAACUUUCAUACCGCAACUUAUAGCAUGUUUAUUGCAUAAAGAAGCAAGGCACGCUCGUACAAUUCUUAUGAAAAUUGCUAAACAAUAUCCCCAGGCCUUGCACUUCCAAUUGCGAACAGCCCGAGAGGAAUCCAUAUUGAUUAAAAGACAGGCUCAGGCUGUUCAACAAGGGCAGGCUCGUGCAGGACAAAUUUCAUCUUCAAUUGCUAAUACUUCAGGAGCUCCACAAAUGCCUCCAUCCGUUCCCGGUAGUGAAGGUGUGGUAUUACAGUCAGCAAGUCAAUUAAAUACAAAUGUAAUUGUCAAUGGAAAUGGUCACAGGCCAAUGCAAGUGAGUCCAGAACAAUCUAGCCCCAGUCAGGCAAGUUCCGGCCAAAUGAGCCCUCAGGCGAUAAACUUUUCUCGAUCAAGUCCCAUGCCAUCACAACCUCCUCAAAGUCCCGCGAUGCAAAUUGGAAAUAAUGGUAAUAAUGUUAUUAAUGGAGCAAUUAGUCAUAUGUCGUCAUCCUUGCCUAAUACUCCACACAACAUGUCAAGUAUGAAUGGAAUCCAUAACGGUAUGGCCUCAAGUGUGCCAGGUACGCCAUUAAGUGGCCAUGCGCCUACUACACCAACGAAUGGAAUUAUACAUAAUACACCCAUUACUCCUACAAAUGUAUCUCAAAAUCCGCUUCCCUCAACCCCGACUAAUAACGGUGAUGGAAGAUCUCCAAUUACUCCUGGGCUUGGAAUAAAUUCGAAUCAUCAUGUAUUAUCAAAUCUUGCACAUACACCACAAUCUCAACAAGCAUCGAAGCAACCAUGGGAACAUAUUGAGGAUGUCAUGUCAAUUUUAAAAACAUCAUUUCCAUUGCUUGCUUUAUCAAUCGAAACUAUGGUGGAUCAGAUCCAACUGCGUUUGAAACCAUCAUCUGACGAAGACAUUUACCGACUGAUUGUUGCGUUAUUAAAUGAUGGAGUACAGCAAAUUAUUAACCGAUUAAACUGUCCUCCUGAUAAUGGUAUGUUAACCGCGACGAUUGAAGGGAAUAUUAAACGAUUCGCAGAAAAUUUAUUACCGGGUGCUAUUAAGACAGCAUUUGUAAAUGACUUUAUCGAAAAAAAACCGGACUUGAUGCAAUACGUCGAAACACUCCGUAAAUGGAGAUAUCGAUUUGAAAUUGUUUUGGACAGUAAACCUCGAACACAGCAUUUGGAACAUUUUAGUCCAUAUCUAGUUGAAUUCCAACACCAAAAAUUCGAAGAGGUUGAAGUUCCAGGGCAGUACUUAUUGCAUAAAUACCACAAUAAUACUGAAUUCGUUCGCAUCGACCGAUUUAUGUCAGAAGUUGAGGUUAUUAGAUCACAUGGAAUCUGUUAUCGAAGGCUUACCAUACGUGGACACGAUGGGAGUCUCCACCCUUUCGCCGUUCAACUUCCAUCAGCAAGGCAAAGUCGUCGCGAAGAACGAAUAAUUCAACUUUUUAGGAUAUUAAAUACUGUACUGGAACGCCGUAAAGAAAGUCGCAAGCGUAAUCUUUCCUUCCAUCUCCCUUUAAUUAUCCCAUUAGGACCUCAGAUUAGGAUAGUUCAGGACGAUCCUUCAUAUUGUUCCUUGCAAGAGGUUUACGAAGAUCAUUGCGACGUUACUGGAAUUUCUAAAGAUGAAGUAAUAAUUUAUUAUACUAAUAAGAUGAGAGCCAACAUGCCUUAUAUUCAGACGGCGAAGGACAUGGGAAACUUGAGAGUCGAAAUUGCUGAACAAAUUGCAUCUAAAUUUAUUCCAAGUGACAUACUGACAAAGUUUAUGACCAAAACCAUGAAGUCGCACGAAGAUCUUUGGACUAUAAGAAAACGAUUCACCACCCAAAUGGCGGCAGUAUCUUUUAUGACUUAUAUUAUGUCUAUUAAUCAAAGGCAUCCGCAUAAGUUUAUGAUCUCACGAAAUACUGGUAACAUCUGGAUGACUGAAUUACUUCCUGCAUUCACGCAGAAUAUGCCAAUGUUACAUAAUAAUGAAGCGGUGCCAUUCAGGUAUACACGUAGUCUACAGCAUUUUAUGACACAGAUUGGUAUAGAAGGCGUUUUUAGCUCAGCAUUAACGGCAAUUGGACGCUGUCUAACCGAACCCGAAUUUGAUUUGGGACAAUAUCUGGGCAUAUUUAUCCGAGAUGAACUAAUUACUUGGCACUUCAUGGUCCAAAGGCCUGUUAACGAACAAAAUCUUCGACAAAAAGUAGCGUUAAAUGUGGAUCAGAUUGUUAAUAAGGCUCAAGCCAUUGGAGGUAUUGAUGUAGAACGAGAAAAGCCUAAUCUUUUUAAAUUGAGUGGUUCAGUAUUAGAAUUAAUAAAAACAGCGAGUAAUUCACAAAACUUGGCUGCCAUGGAAUCAUACGAUGAUCUAUUUAUAAAUAUGGAAAGGAACAAGAAUGUUUUCAGAACGAAUCGACUACAAUGCGACGAUAGUGAAAAUUCUCUCCCUUCAAUCAGAAGUCACUUAGGUUUGUUGAAAUGUAAAUGGGAUGAUUGCUCUUCAAGCUUUAGGCUUUUAAACGACUUAGUAAACCAUUUGCACGAAGACCACGUAGGUCGUAAAAAGGCAAAUUAUACCUGUGAGUGGGAUAGUUGUCCGAGAAAAGGUGCUACUCAAACCUCACGGUUUGCUUUGAUCACUCACUUAAGGAGUCAUACUGGUGAGAAGCCGUACGAUUGUAAAGAGCCAGGUUGCGAGAAAAGUUUUACGCGACCAGACUCAUUAACAAAGCAUAUGAAGAGCCAGCACGUAGAUCCACGAAAGAAACGUAUCAUGGAAGAAGGUCAAAGAACAUAUAAAAAACGAAAAUUGUCAACGUCUCCGGAAGAUGAUGAUGAUGAAUCACAUACUUCUCAUAGUCUUCAAUCUAGUAGACAACCGCGUUUAAAUAAUAAUCAACACAACAUUACAUCACGGCAGAGAUUGAAUUCUUCUCGUCAGCCUUCCGAAAAACCAAGACAACAAUCAUCUUCACGUCUACAUUCUGAAAAUUCUUAUCCAAAUCGUAAUUACACAUCCGAUGAUGAUACUUCGGUAUCUGAAGUUUCAGAUGUAUCUUCAACUGAUGAUGAUAAUGAUAAAUCUUUUUACGAGAA